CUACUAUAUAACAAAUAAUUUGAGGUAUGUCAAACAAUGGGUUGUUAUCCCUGAAUACAAAACAGGAUAUUCAACCUGAAAAGAUAUUUGAUCUGAAAGAAAAGCUAGGAGAAGGUAGUUAUGGAAGUGUGUUUAAAGCUGUCCACAAAGCUUCAAACAGUCUUGUCGCCAUCAAGAAAGUUCCACUUGACUCUGAUCUGCAGGACAUUUUACAUGAGAUUAGUAUGAUGCGACAGUGUGAAAGUGAAUUUGUUGUAAAAUACUACGGGAGCUACUUCAAAAACUCCGACCUGUGGAUUGUAAUGGAGUACUGUGCUGCAAGGAGUGUCUCUGACAUGAUGAGACUCUUCAAGAAACCCUUCGAUGAGGAUAAGAUUCAGACUGUGUUAUACUAUACCCUCAAAGGUCUAGAAUAUCUGCACAGCAAAAGAAAGAUCCACCGAGAUGUGAAAGCUGGCAACAUCUUAUUAACGGCAGACGGGGCUGCCAAGUUGGCAGAUUUUGGUGUAGCCGGACAGUUGUCCGACACAAUGACUAAACGUAACACUAUUAUUGGCACUCCCUUUUGGAUGGCACCCGAAGUUAUACAGGAGGUAGGUUACGACUGUAUGGCAGACGUGUGGUCCCUUGGUAUAACCUCUCUGGAAAUGGCCGAGGGUAAACCCCCCUACGCAGACAUCCACCCAAUGAGGGCUAUAUUCAUGAUACCCACCAAACAGCCUCCUUCUUUCAGACAACCUGACCAAUGGUGCGACCUGUUCAAGGAUUUCUUGCGAUGUUGUCUAAAGAAACUACCUGAAGACAGACUGACUGCGGAGCAGCUUUUAAAACACGAGUUUAUAACCAGAGCGAACCUAUCAGGAAUGAAGGAGAUGGUAAAGGAAGCUAUAGACCUGAUGGAUAACGGAGCUAUUACCUUCCAGGAAGAGGACGAAGAGUAUGACACUAUGGUGUCCGCUAUGUCAAAACAAGUUGACACCAUGAUCAUACACGGCAAGGAUUCAGGCUCCAUAGUCUCAGACGGUACAAUGAUACUGAACGGUACAAUGAACAGUUUCGCCAGUAACGACACAAUGUUCAUAGCAGACUCCGGUACAAUCAAAGUGAGCGGCACCCAGGAAUACGUACCUGACUUCAUGAAGCACUACCAAGUAAGGAAACCUGUUACUAUGCCUGAAAAACCGGACGAUGAGGAAACCAGCCCUCAGCCCGAGCCACACCCUAAAAACGAUUUUAACUUCCUCAAGGAAAUGUCACUUGAGGAUCUGAGAAUGCAGUUAGUUACCUUGGACCAUCAAAUGGAACAAGAGAUAUCAGCCCUAAGACAGAGAUAUCAGGCUAAACGACAGCCUAUUCUGAAGGCUAUGGAUGAUAAGAGACAGCCUACUUGAGCACUAGAGAAGAGGAUAAGAGAAGAUAAGGAAGAAGAAGCCACUCUAGACACGUGAAGAAUGUACAGAGAGAGCUAAAAGGUAGAUAAAGUUGUAGCGAGAUAUUCACGUGACGUCAUCACACCACGUGACGUCAUCACACCACGUGACAGAUGAUCAGAUGGGAGAAGAUCACGAGUUAUUAAGAGUGUUUGCUAGAAUGUGUUGGAAUGUUCGAAACAAGGUUUCGGGAAAUUUGACGAUUGUACAGAUAGAGGGGGCAAGAUGUACAUAGUGUUGUAAUGAAUACUGUUGUUUAAUCAUUGUUAUAUUGUUCUGACCGAUGUUCCCGUUUUAGUUCAAGUUUGACUUUUUGACGGAAUGGAUUUUGCUUUUAUGUGGGGGCAACUGUCGGUGUUGACUGAUUACUUUUAGGUAAACAACUGUAAAACAUCGAUUGAUGUGUGCAAUGUGCAUAAUGACUAAUGAGUAAGUAUUCGGCUGGAAUCUCUGAUCCAAUUAACACACAUACAAAAACCAAAAAUACUCAAAUUGCGAUGUCUAUUCGACAAUUUAUCCUUACGAUAUUAGUUGUGGUCUGUGCAGAACUCGAUGUUUUACAGUCUAUAGUUUAUUUUAGCCAAUCACUUCGCACCUCAAUCUUUGUUACCGACCGGUAACAUGAAAUUAUUCGAAGCAGUUUCUGUUCGUAGAUUAGUUUCAGAAUUCUUUGUUGUUUAAAAGAUUUUGUAUCUUUUUAUCCCAACUAUAAAUCAA